GGCGCAGGCAGCAGGGGACAGCCAGAGAGCCGGCUGCAUGGCGGCGGCAGGGACCGCAGCAGGGCCGGCGGGGCCCGAGCCCAUGCCGAGCUACGCGCAGCUGGUGCAACGGAGCUGGGGCAGCGCGCUAGCGGCAGCGCGGGGCUGUGCGGACUGCGGCUGGGGACUGGCGCGCCGCGGCCUGGCCGAGCACGCGCACCUGGCGCCGCCCGAGCUGCUGCUGCUGGCGCUCUGCGCGCUUGGCUGGACCGCGCUGCGCUCCGCGGCCACCGCGCGCCUCUUUCGGCCCCUGGCCAAGCGAUGCCGCCUUCAGCCCAGAGAUGCUGCCAAGAUGCCUGAGAGCGCCUGGAAGUUUCUGUUCUACUUGGGCUGCUGGAGCUACAGUGCCUACCUGCUCUUUGGCACUGACUACCCCUUCUUUCAUGACCCACCCUCUGUCUUCUACG